AUGCCGAUGGGACAGCUUCCAGUUCUUGAGGGUAAAGAGGGUAUGCUGUGUCAGUCAGGCGCCAUCAUUCGCUACCUUGCGAAGCAGUGUGGCAUCGAUGGUAAGACUCCGUGGGAGCAGGCCAAGGCAGAUAUGCUGGUGUCGGGAACAUUUGAUAUUGUGGAGGCGGUUCAUCCGCAAUUGGUUGCCAUCAUAAACAACGACAAAUCGUUGCAGAUGCAAGAAUGGGACAAAUUCGAGAAAAAGUGUCUGGCAAAUUUUUUGAAGACCUACAGCAAGUUUUUGGCGUGCAGUAAAUCCGGUUGGUUUGUUGAAGAUUCGUUCACUUAUGCGGAUAUUGCAGUUGCCGAAAUCCUGUCUUGUUUACAGGAUUGUUACUGCGAUAAGGCAUUGGAUGGCUAUGACAACUUGAAAGCCUUCACUAACAAAGUUUUGUCUUUACCUGGUAUUAAGGAAUACGUCGCGAAGCGCCCAAAAACAAAAUUUUAA